AUGGCUUCUGAGAACUUUGCUAAAGAGCACAUUGCUGAUUUGACAAACAAAGCUAUACAGGAAUAUGAAGGCUUGCAAAUGAGGCAUGAAGCAGCAACUAAGGAGUGUAAGAUACUGGAAGAGGAACGAGAUGAGGCCAUUAAGAGACUCACUGAAUUUCAACAAGUAUCUGCAAUGGUCAUUGAAGAGGUCAAUGCCAUCCAGGAGAACCUGGAGGUUGAGAGAACGUGCAGAGAAAGCGCUGAAGCCCUGGCCUCCAAGUUGAACCAUCAGAACCGCUCCCUGAAACGGAAAAGCAUGAUGUUGCUGUCCUACCUCAGCCCGGAAACCAUUAGUGGGAUAAACAUUGAGGAUGAAGAUGAAGGUGACGAGCUAAUGGCUGCCAACUGCUUGUCAACCACGUGCCAGACCAAAAUCUCAGACCUGCAAAGUAAAUUGCAGUUGACACAGAGGGAGAAAGAUCAAGUAGGUCAUGAUCUUGCAAGGCUGACAGAACAACUAGAGGAAACACGGCAAGAACUGCUGAAGGAAAAACACGAGAACACCAAUUUAACGGCUGAGACAGUACAGCAAAAGAAGCUACUGAAAAAAUAUAACAGAGUGUCUCAAUUUGCUGUUGAGGAAUACAAAGUCUUGCAAGAUACUUUGAACCUGGAGCGGGAUCUGAGAGAGGGAGCAGAGAACUUUGCCAGAGCAAUGGUCGUUGAGCAAAAGAUGCUGAAGAGACAGAGCCAUAUCCUGAUGCAGACCUCCUCCCCAAGCCACGCAUUACAGGAGGCGCUCAGCCAGGUUACAUUACUGACCAAGGAUUUGGAAACCAUGAGGCAGGAGCACCAGAGCCAGAUAAAGCAACUGGAGGACAAAUUGAGUAGUUGUGAGACACUAAAGGAGCUGACAGCCUUGAGGUGUAAACUUGAGCUUGUGGAGGAGGAGAAGAGGGAUUUCAGUGACAAGUGCUCCAAGGCCCAAGCGGAGGUCAAGGAUCUGAGGUUUACAGUUGAGGAACUUCAAAAGAGACUACAGAGAGCUACCAACCCUGCACAUCCUCCUGGACCACCAUGCCCACCGCCACCCCCUCCACCACCUCCUCCAACCCUUGCAGCAGCCUUAAACCCACUCAGCUCCCUGCUGUCAUUGAUCAGAAAGAGACAAAACAGCAGUGACAUUCCACUCGUGGUCACCAAUUCUGACAAGAAGCCAGAAAUGGAUGUCAGACAACAAGCUGUCGAGGAAAUGAUGAAUAGGAUCAAGAAAGGUGUUCAGCUUCGGCCUGUCGGUCAGAGACAUAACAGGAGUCAGCAGACAGGGAGGAUGCCUGCUCAAUCAGCCUUCCAGGAACUUAAAGCAAUCAUGGGAAAUUUUGACAGAACUGCUUCCCAAGAAAAAACAACACCUUCAUCAACAUCCCAAGAUGACGAACUAAAGAAAAUCCUGCUGAAACGGCGUGAUGUUCUGGAAGCAUCUAAAACAUCUUAA